AGCCCUUGUUUGUUUCUAUAUAAGCCACAUGCCGAUUCUGAGACGCUAACGAGUCUUCCAGAAGGUCCCAGAUUUUCCAGACCCCACUUCUCUCUCUUUGCAACCUCAGACAUCUGUUCUGCUACGAUUAAGAAAAUGAGCGGUCGAUCGAGUCGAACAAUCUACGUUGGAAAUCUUCCCGGGGAUAUUCGUAUGAAAGAAAUUGAAGAUUUGUUUAUCAAGUAUGGGCCCAUAGUUGACAUUGAUCUGAAAGUGCCUCCCAGACCCCCAGGGUAUGCUUUCGUUGAGUUUGGGGAUCCCCGUGAUGCCGAAGAUGCUAUUUAUGGUCGGGAUGGAUAUGAUUUUGAUGGCUGUCGCUUACGGGUUGAACUUGCUCAUGGAAGCCGAGGAUAUUCAUCAUCAGCUGAUCGUUAUAGCAGUUACAGUCACAGUAGCAGUAGCCGUGGGGCUUCCAGGCGUUCUGACUAUCGUGUGAUGGUUACUGGAUUGCCUCUCUCUGCUUCAUGGCAAGACCUGAAAGAUCACAUGCGUCGUGCUGGUGAUGUCUGUUUUUCUCAAGUUUUUCGUGAUCGCAGUGGCAUGACGGGAAUUGUAGACUACACAAACUAUGAUGACAUGAAGUAUGCUAUCAGGAAACUUGAUGAUUCUGAAUUUCGAAAUGCUUUUUCUCGGUCUUAUGUUCGGGUGAGGGAGUAUGAUUCAAGGCGAAGUUAUUCUAGGAGUCCCAGUUAUGACUCAAGAAGUCGCUAUUCUAGAAGUCCUAGCCGAAGUCCAUAUGGAUCAAGAAGCAGGAGCCCCAUUCGCAGCCGGAGCUAUCGUGGCCGAAGCAUAAGCAUUUCACCAAGAGGAAAACAUUCACAUUAUUCUCCAUCAAUAUCUCGCUCGAGGUCUGUCUCUUCUAGUCCCCGCUCAAGGUCCCGGUCAAGAUCUAGAUCUCCAAUCUCAUCGCCUACUCCCCGUAGACGAAGCGGAUAUGGAUAUAGAUCAAAAUCAAGAUCAAGAAGUGCGUCUAUUUCACGUUCACCAUCAGUGAGAUCUGAUCGAAGCCGUUCUGUUGGCAACUGAGAUCGUUGUUGAUGCUGCCAUGUCUCGUUGGAUGUUUAUACAAUCAUCAAGAUUCGAGAUAAGCUCUUAGAUAGCUACAAUAGGAUGCGUUCAGGAUCAGGAUCACCAUGGAACUGUGUUCCCUUUUUUGCAUUCGCACCAAAUGGAUUAUGUAAACCUAAUACUUUAUUGCAGACUGUAACUUCUUUAGCGGAGUUGGAAUAAAUACAGAUUAAUGCCAUAUUCUAACGUAUAAUUUUCUGUUAACUGCAGUGGUAUGUAGUAGCUUUUCUUGAGGUAAUUGAAUUCUAUCCAUAAUUUUCUCAUGUCCAGAAAA